AUGUCUCGACAAGACGAGAUUUUGGCGUCCGCUGCAUCUUUUAUUCGUGGUCUUGGCCGCGGGGCAUCCUCACAGAAUCCCUCCCCUCAAGACCCGAGGAGCACUCCUGGCUCUGCUGCCAGUUUAGAUUUGCAUCGAUGCAAACUUCCUGGGCCGCGAAGCAUAUCCAAGGAUAAUCUCGAGGCUGAAUUAUACGCUCUGUCUCAGAGAAUACAAUAUCUCGAAUCAAGGGCAGACACAGUCAACCAGACCCUACCCGACACUCCGAACGAAUUUCCAAAUCCAGCGUCGCCGUUUGCCAGGAGUGAGGACAACAAGCCUCAAAAUGGCCCACUGUCCAGAGCCGAAUACACACGCUCCCCUGUUCGUCAGGGAUCGGUGUCUAAUCGAUCGCUACGGGUGAACAAUCUUCUCGCCGCGCGUGAUUCCAGAAGUGGCGAUCUGGAUACAGUGAGAACUGUCAGCGAAGACGAUAUCAGCUACCUGCGGGAGCACGUUCACAAGCAAGCUGAGCAGAUCAGGUCACAAAAAGACAUGAUUGCUGACAUCAGCAGGGGCCUGCACGAGUCAGAUGAGAGGGCGAAGAUAGCCUUUCAGAAGGUGGAGACGGAGGACGUUGGCAUACUUGAAAGGGAGCUGCGAAAACACCAACAGGCAAAUGAGGCAUUUCAGAAAGCACUACGCGAGAUCGGUGGGAUCAUCACACAAGUUGCCAAUGGAGAUCUGUCUAUGCGCGUCCAAGUCCAGGCUUACGAAAUGGAUGCUGAAAUUGCUACGUUCAAGAGGACCAUAAAUACCAUGAUGGACCAAUUGGAAGUUUUUGGUAGCGAAGUCUCGAGGGUAGCGAGAGAGGUGGGCACUGAAGGCACUUUGGGAGGCCAGGCUCAGAUCAGUGGCGUACACGGUAUAUGGAAAGAAUUGACAGAAAAUGUCAAUAUAAUGGCCUCCAACUUGACAGAUCAAGUCCGGGAAAUCGCCGCAGUCACAAAAGCUGUGGCCCAAGGUGAUCUGAGCCAGAAGGUGCAAAGCAAAGCUAGUGGAGAAAUCCUUGACCUUCAACAGACCAUCAACACCAUGGUAGACCAGUUGCGGACAUUCGCCACGGAAGUCACCCGUGUAGCCCGAGACGUGGGAACAGAAGGAGUCUUAGGCGGGCAAGCUCAAAUCGAUGGCGUGCAGGGAACCUGGAAUGAGCUGACUGUCAACGUCAAUGCCAUGGCAGAUAAUCUCACCACACAGGUCCGAGACAUUGCAGCCGUGACCACGGCCGUGGCCAGAGGUGAUCUGACCCGCAAGGUCACUGCGAGUUGCAAAGGCGAGAUUCUCCAACUCAAGGACACAAUCAAUAACAUGGUCGACCAGCUUAAACAGUUUGCGCAAGAGGUUACCAAGAUUGCCAAAGAGGUCGGUACGAAUGGGGUCCUUGGUGGUCAAGCGACCGUGCAUGACGUGGAAGGCACCUGGAAGCAUCUCACCGAAAAUGUCAAUGGUAUGGCCAACAACCUCACAACUCAGGUCCGGGAGAUAGCCACAGUUACCACAGCGGUGGCGAAUGGGGAUCUCUCCAAGAAGGUCACUGCGGACGUGCAAGGUGAAAUCCUCAGCUUAAAACUCACCAUCAAUGCCAUGGUGGAUAGACUGAACACCUUCGCUUUUGAGGUCAGCAAAGUGGCUCGGGAAGUCGGCACGGAUGGUACCUUAGGUGGCCAAGCGAAGGUCGACAACGUUGAAGGGAAGUGGAGAGAGCUUACCGAUAACGUGAACACCAUGGCAUCAAAUCUCACGUCCCAAGUGAGAUCCAUUUCCCACGUUACACAAGCCAUUGCGGCCGGUGACCUUGGCAAAAAAAUCGAGGUUCAUGCCCAGGGUGAGAUCUUAACGCUCAAGAUUACUAUCAACAACAUGGUUGAUCGCUUGGCAACCUUUGCCCACGAAUUGAAAAGGGUGGCUCGAGAUGUCGGAGUCGAUGGUAAGAUGGGAGGUCAGGCCAACGUGCAGGAUAUCAGCGGACGAUGGAAAGAGAUUACCGAGGAUGUUAACACGAUGGCUGAGAAUUUGACCUCCCAAGUACGUGCAUUUGGCGAAAUCACCGAUGCCGCUACGGAAGGAGAUUUUUCGAAGCUUAUCUCGGUCAACGCUUCUGGCGAGAUGGACGAGCUGAAACGAAAGAUAAACAAAAUGGUGUCUAAUCUUCGCGACAGCAUUCAAAGGAACACCACGGCGAGAGAAGCCGCCGAACUGGCUAACAAAACCAAAUCGGAGUUCCUGGCAAAUAUGAGCCACGAGAUUCGGACGCCAAUGAACGGUAUUAUUGGUAUGACACAGCUGACUUUGGACACUGACGACCUGAAGCCGUACCCUCGAGAAAUGCUCAACGUGGUCCAUAACCUAGCUAACAGCCUGCUCACCAUCAUUGAUGACAUUCUAGACAUCUCAAAGAUUGAGGCGAAUCGAAUGAUCAUUGAGACGAUUCCCUUUACCGUUCGAGGCACGGUUUUCAAUGCUCUGAAGUCUUUGGCCGUGAAAGCCAACGAGAAAUCGCUAAGCCUCGCUUUUGAUGUUGAUGGCUCUGUACCCGACUAUGUUAUCGGAGAUCCAUUCCGACUGAGACAGAUCAUCCUCAAUCUUGUUGGCAACGCUAUCAAAUUCACAGAGAGUGGGGGAGUCAGGGUGCUGAUCAAGAAAUGCACUGGCAGGAAGGUCUCGGCAUGUGGGCCAGAUGACUUUCCCUUCGAGUUUGUCGUCUCAGACACUGGCAUUGGCAUCGAAUCAGACAAGCUCAACCUCAUUUUCGAUACUUUCCAGCAAGCGGACGGCUCCACAACGCGGAAGUUUGGAGGCACUGGCCUGGGUCUGUCCAUCUCGAAACGACUUGUGAACUUGAUGGGUGGAGAGGUGUGGGUGACCUCAGACUUCGGACGUGGCAGCAAUUUCCAUUUCUCCUGCGUCGUCAAGAUUGCUGACCACGACAUCAAACAAAUCAGCUCUCAAUUGCACCCCUAUCAACGCCAUCGGGUUGUGUUUAUUGACACAGGUGUGACGGGUGAAAGAGACGAGAUCAGGUCCAUGCUCAGCCAGCUUGGGUUGGAUAGUCUGACGCUGCAGCGUGUAAAAGACAUCCCGCCCCCAGAGAAACGUGAUGCUAGUGGGCAAGAGACUGGCCACAAUUACGACGUCGUGAUCGUGGACGAUGUCGAGACUGCACGGUCCAUCCGUACAAUGGCGGACUUCAAAUAUAUCCCCAUUGUCUUGCUCUGCCCUGUGGUCUCCCUCAGUCUGAAGUCAGCACUUGACCUCGGGAUCACUUCAUAUAUGACGACACCGUGCAAGACCAUCGACCUGGGGAAUGGUAUGAUACCCGCGCUCGAGGGAAGAUCUGCCCCUACAAUCAAGGACACGUCGCGCUCAUUCGAGAUUCUCCUUGCCGAAGACAACGAGGUCAACCAAAGAGUUGCCAUUAAGAUCCUACAGAAGUACAAUCAUCUCGUGGAGGUUGUGCCCAACGGCCUAGAGGCGUUCAAUCGUGUCAAGGAGAAGAGGUUUGACGUGGUUCUCAUGGACGUGCAGAUGCCCGUCAUGGGCGGUUUCGAGGCCACUGGGAAAAUCCGUGCCUACGAGAAGGAGCACAAUUUAAAUCGAACGCCUAUUAUCGCCCUGACUGCGCAUGCCAUGUUAGGCGAUCGAGAAAAGUGUAUUGCGGCACAGAUGGACGAGUACCUCUCCAAACCUCUGAAGCAGAAUGCAAUGAUGCAGACUAUUCUGAAGACGGUGUCCAUGGGUCCAUUGGGAGUUAAAGAUGCAUUACGUGGCUCGGCCGAGUCGACCACAAGCAAUACGAGGACAAGCACAAUCUCGAUUGUAUGUGACGAAGCCACGGACGACGGCCCCAGACCAACAUAUACGGAGCGUGCAGUCACCAGUUCUAGUCCAAUCAACCAUAGCAGCAUGGCAAGUCCGUCGCUAGAGCAAGAAGACCAGAAAGAUCCUUUGGCACGAGUCGGUGUCUCUCAACUCUAUCGAUCGCACAGCACCUGA